AUGUCGCACAGAAUGCGUUUAAACUGUGAUUUGCAUGGAAAUUUACCGGAUCUUUUAGGCUUCGAACGUGUUUUGUGGAAUUUAGGGCCUGCAUUAAGUCCGAGUACGCUCCUGUUUUUAGGAGACUAUGUUGAUAGAGGCCCUCAUGGGGUUGAGGUGGUUGCUUAUCUGUUUGCAUAUAAAUUGCAAAAUCCAGCAAAAAUCAAAUUACUGAGAGGAAAUCACGAAGUUAGAGAUGUUCAAAAAAUGUUCACAUUUUAUACAGAAUGUGUACAAAAGUUUGGCGAUACAUUGGGAAAAGAUUUAUGGAAUGCCAUAAAUAACGUUUUUGAUGCAAUGCCUAUAGCAGCUGUUAUAGACAGUAAGAUUUUCUGCGUCCACGGAGGGAUUCCGCCCCCUUGGUUGUGCCCUGUAAUUGCGACCAUCAAUGAUAUACCAAUCCCUUUAACAAACCCUGAUGAACAAAGUCAACUUGCUUGGGAACUUAUGUGGAACGACCCUAUCAAGACCAGAGGAGCAGACGCUUUUGUAGAUACGACUAACAGUGAUGGCUUUGCCAAUAACACCAGAAGAGGCACCGCCCAUGUCUUUAACCAGGCAGCUCUGGACAGAUUUCUAUCUGUCAACAGUUUGUCUCAUGUUGUCCGAGCACACGAGAUGCAAAAGACAGGAUUUUAUAUACAAUAUUCUGGUCAUCUGAUAACAGUUUUUACGUCAUCCCAUUAUUGUGGAGGAGACAAUGAGGCAGCUUGUCUUUUUGUCAAUAAUAACAGGAUUAGAGUAAUAAGAGUCGACACUGAAUAG